GCCCGACCAAUACGAAAUGUUCUGAUCCUGUUAUGUACCCUUCUACCCAAAUACACUGAUGCUUAUUCGAGUGGGCUGGUUACAAGCGCUUGUGCCUCAAUGUUUCCUUUGCAUGAUGCAUUGCCUCAAAACAGCAACCCUCCCUAUAUUUUGGUCUCAUCAAAAGACACCUACAGUAAUGGAGAAAAAAUCACAGUCAGUCUCACAACUACAGAUACUGCCCUGAUAAAAGGUUUCAUGAUUCAGGCUCGGAAAGCAAAUGGUGAUAUUCUAGUUGGUUCCUUUGAGGUCAGCAAUGCAGAUGCACAGACUCUGACCUGUAAAAGCCCUGCAGAUGCAGUCAGUCACACCGACUCCAACUUAAAAUCAAAUAUACAAGUGACGUGGACAGCCCCUGACGUACUCACUGGAAAUGUAAUGUUUAGGGCCACUGUUGUGAAAAGUAAAAAGACAUUCUGGACAAAUGUUGUCAGCACAGCACUUAUCUAUAAUAAUAAAGUCUCAAACACUACAACCACAGCCUUAAAUGGACAUACAGUCACAGCCUUAAAUGGGCAUACAGCCACAACAUCACAUGGUUCUUCUAACAGUGGGUUCAGACUGUCCGCUUCCUUUACCUUUGGGCUUAUGUUGGGUGUUCUGACUGUGAUCGCUUUUCUCCUUGGAAUCUGAAGAUCAAACCAAAUAUUUGAAACCUUUAGAAAAACAAGAUGCGAUGUACAAUGCAAUGUAAAAAGGCAUUCUUAUUUAAGCAAUGUUACUUUUUCCCAUUGACUGUAGCUCGAAGCAGCCUACAUGAAUUCUGGGUGUUUAUUUUUGCUUUUACCCAAGGAAAUGAUUACAAACAAAAUACUGACACCUCUGUGUCACUGGCCUUUUGACCACUAAAUAUGAAUGUAACUGCCUAGCUUCAGAGCAAUCACAUGAGAUGGGCCUUCCUGACAAUAAGACAAUAACCAAAGUUCAACAGGGUACACAUACAGAUAAAUGCAUGUAUUUGUAUUUCUUCCAGUAAAGGUUAUUGUAAAUAUACUAUA